UCUUUUUUAUUUACAUGAAAUUCGCUUUUGAAAUAUCUGUUAAAACUUCGUCAAAAUACUCAAAAUAUAUUCUACAAAAUGGCAGCUGGCAAUGAAAAUAGCUUAUUGAAAUCGACCCUUGAGCUCCUAGCUCAAGAAACUUAUGAAACUAAUUCUUUGUUACAAACGUUGAUAGACUCCUCUUUUAAUAAUCCGAGUAAAAAUGCACCGACUAAUGCGAAUCUUAACAAAAGAAACUCGUUAUGUUUGAGCUCGUCGGAUUUGCGACAUCAUCACCACGGAGAUCCACACUCCCACGUUAAUCACUCGGCUCUUGGAAAUUGCCGAGAAGUGCUGGUGAAGUUUGGGUUUCUGGAAAUUUACGAAAUCAGCACGAAGUCUCAGAAUUUCAAUGCUGAAAUUCUCAUUCAACUCCGAUGGUUGGAUGAGGCCGUGGAGGAAUUGGCGGAUGAGGAGUUGGAUGUCUACUUGCAGUCCUGUUGGCAGCCGGAGGUGCAUGUGUUCAACAUGGUGAAGGAGGAUGUGAGGCGGGAGCAGAUAUUCGUGUGUGAGGAGGAGGCCAUGAACUCCCAGCAGAUGAUUGUGCUCCGACAGAAGAUCAAAGGCACUUUCCAGACGAAGAUGUUGCUGCAUGAGUUCCCUCUGGACUACCAGGAGUUGCCGGUGACUCUCUACUCGAGACUUCCGAGGGAUCAAGUGGUGCUAAAACAGGACAAUUUUGAGUACUCCUACAUCAACAGGGAUAAUAUGAACGACCCACAGGACUGGGAGAUAUUCACUCACGUGGACAUUGUUGAAGGCAAUCCGAACUGCAUCCCACAUACCAACUUCUUUCCCAGUGGCAACAAUAAGACCGAGGAGAAGAAAUCGAAGGCGAAGAAGCCAUUGCAAGCAUUGGAGUCUGUCAAAGCCAUAACCAAGAACCAGAUAUCUCUAAUGGGAAGUGGAAAAUCUAAGGAGAAACCUGGCACCAAGCAAUCCAGCCAAUGUUCCACAAUGAGUUCGUUCCUGAGUGCCAGAUGUCGCAUUAGGAGGAGAUCACAAUUCUAUCUGUUGAACAUUUUGUUUUCAAUGUUGACUCUCAUUUGUCUAUCCUUCGUCCCUUUUUCCAUUCAAAGGGAUGGAGUGCAGUUCAGAGUGGGAACGACACUGACUCUUCUGCUGACGACGUUCACCUUCCGUAGCAUGAUCUCAUCCCUUCUUCCAUCCACCUCCUACUUCACCCUCCUCGACAAGUACCUGUUGGGGCAGACCACCUACCUGUCUGCAAUGGUAGUGAACUACGGGUGUCUGGUGGUGGUGUACCGCAAGUGUGGGGACUCCUUAAGUUUCAAAGUUGAGAUGAUAGUGCUUCUUAUCGUACUCACACUUCAAUUCAGUCUCCACGGGUACCUUCUAAACAGGUUUUUCACUAGAAGAAGAAAGGCAAAAGUUUUCAUUAGAGAUUGCGAAAAGCGUUACGAGGAGCAAGUGAAAAACAUCCUUUCUCAAGGACCUCGACGAAGGUUCUCGACUUUCACAGAGAAAGCCAACAGGACUUUUGUGAAGGACUCGUUGAGUUUCGGAAGCCUGACUAACAGCGGCCGGGAAUCGUAUAGCAGUUAUAUUGAGUCGUCGCCCCCGUCGCGGUCACAGUCUCAAAGUCAGAAUAAAACGAUUAGCGAAGGAGCGACGCUGGAAAUUGAACCUGACUCAGAGAAAUUUGAGAAUGGAUCAAGCGCAGUGAACAAAAGUGUGCGAUUUCCCAUUGCGACUGAAAGGAUGGAUCAAUAAAAAAAUGAUUUUUUCGAGUUUACUUCGAUUUUGUGAAUUUUUGUAUUGCACAAUUUGCCUAAAAUUUUACCAGAAACAAAAACUUGCGCUAACAAAAAAAACAGAUUUCCGAGGAUCAAAAAAUUUUAA